AUCCUCAGUCGACAGCUCUGUCCUUGCUUACUGCCUGAGACCGAAGCUAGCUCUCUUGAUUGAUUAUGCUUGCUUUUUCCCCGAAAAGACGGAUGAAGGCCCUUUCCAGCUCGCUCUGUCAGGCCUUUAGCAAGACACCAGUACGAUGAUUGUGAAGAAGACGACACAGCAUCCUCUGAAGAAGAUGGUCCUGCCACCAGUACAAUGAUUGAGGGCUCUAAGCGCCUGCAUUAAUGCAAAAAUAUUAGUUUGAAAAAGUCUGUUGUAAAGGAAUUCGAUGCUUUUGCUAUUUCUCAUAUCUAUUGAAAGAUAAAAACAAGUCUGAUUUAGUUGUUAUGAUGAUGAUGAACAACAACCGAAACACUCUGAAGUGGGAAUGAGAUAUCACCCUUCGUUUACCGGAAAUUUGUUAACAUCUUUCAUACUCCAUACUCCCAUCUCAGUCCUCUUCCUCAUCUAAGCAGCUACUUGGCGCUCUCUCUCUCUCUGUCUCUCCCUGUACAUACAUAUAUAUAUAUAUAUACACAUAAUACAUACCAUUCUUCCUUGAUCUUCCGAUAUAGCAUCAGAAUCCAGUCAAUAAUGGACGACGGCAGCCUGGCCGAGGAGCAGUACUCGACGGCGAAGACGUCGGUGUGGUGGGACAUCGAGAACUGUCAGGUCCCCAGAGGGUGCGAUGCUCACGCGAUUGCCCAGAACAUAAGCUCCGCCCUCUUCAACCGCAAUUACAAAGGCCGGGUAUCCAUCUCUGCCUAUGGAGACACCAACGGUAUUCCUUCCUCUGUCCAGCAAGCUCUCUCUAGUACCGGAAUCGCCCUUCAUCACGUCCCUGCAGGUGUUAAAGAUGCAAGCGACAAGAAGAUUCUGGUGGACAUGUUAUUAUGGUCCGUGGACAAUCCGGCACCUGCUAACUAUCUACUGAUUUCCGGAGACCGGGACUUCUCCAAUGCGCUUCAUCAGUUAAGCAUGAGACGAUAUAACAUCCUUCUAGCACAACCCCAGCAAGCAUCAGCACCGUUAAUCGCAGCUGCAAAGAGCGUAUGGCUCUGGAUCAGUCUCUCUGCUGGGGGAUCACCGUCACCUGGUGCUCAUGCUAGAGGAGUUCAAAGCCCCCCAAACUUUCAGCAGCAAAGUUCUCGCCCAAAGCAGACAUCUGCUAGUGAAUCCACGAAGGGCAAGAACGAAGGUAAAGGUGUAGAAGAUGGAAGUAAGAACCAUGUUGCUCAUGCUAGCAGAGUUCAAUUUCAGCAGCAAAGUUCAAACCCAAAGCGGACAUCUGCUAGUGGAUCCACGAAGGCCAAGAACAAAGUUACGGGUGUAAAAGUUGGAAGUAAGAGCCACAACAUACCGCAGAGCAACCAUGAUGGAUCAAGCAAAAACAACCAUAAUGAAAACCAUCGUAAAGGUCUGCAUCAUGGUGGAAAUACUAGAGGCGAUGAGCAAAGUUCAAACCCAAAGCGGACAUCUGCUAGUGGAUCUACGAAGGACAAGAACAAAGGUAAAGGUGUAAAAGAUGGAAGUAAGAACCACAACAGACCGCAGAGGAACCAUGAUGGAUCAAGCAAAAAAAAACCAUAAUGAAAGCCGUCGUAAAGGUCUGCGUCAAGAUGGAAAUACUAAAGGCAGUAAGCCAGCUCGAAGGAAUCAAUGAGAUAUCAGCGGGUGCCGAGAAAGGGACACUAACAGUCGAUGGUGAGGUCGACCCUGUGUUGAUCAUCAAGCAGCUCAGUAAGAUCAAGAAGGCCUCCAAUAUCGACAGUGUGGGGCCAGAGAAGCCUCCUGAGAAAAAACCGGAGCCUAUUAAAGUUUGCGAUCUGCCUCCUUGCGGCAAUUCAUGUCAGCUUGUUGCCGUGCCUGUAUAUAAUGACUCUGGAUAUGGAAGGUGUUCCGUACUUUGAUCCGGUUUGUGGAACUAGGGCAACAUCUUUCUUAUUAGAGAGAUUUCUCUUCAAAAAAUGGUUCUAUGAUUCAGAAUUACUUCGGAUUCUUGCGUGUGUUUGAUAAUUAUAUAUGUACUUCAAGAGUGUCGUAUUUUGUUUGAUUCAAGCAUGUAGGGAUAUAUUGAAGGGAGAAUUUGCUAUCUUCCCAGUUCUUAUUGAUAUCUACUAAUUUUUAAUUA